AUUAUUUUUAAUUGUCAAAAUCUGUCCGAAAUGCAAAAGCGAUUGAUAUUUUCUAUUUUGAGUAUCUAGGCGAAUAUAAAUGAGAGUCGACUUCCGCAUUGCGACGAAAUUCAAUUUAUUUUUGUAUUUCCAUUUGCGAAAAGAAUAUAUUUUUUAGACAGCGUAUUUGGGAAACUGCGACCUCAGUAAUAUGGUAAUAAUGGAGAACUGUUGUUUGCCUGAAAAUAGUUUUAACGAAUUACUCCAAGAGAUAGAGCGUUGCCAUUUGAGCUUCUUAGAAUUAGAGGAGAGUCGAGAAAAAAUCGAUAAAAGGAAUAAACUAGAAGAAUACAUCCACGAUUAUUUGAGUGUGUCCGGGCACUAUCACAAAUUUACCUUUUACGAAACUCAACAAAUACUACAGUACUCUGCUACUUAUAAGAAAGACUUUAGUGCAUAUAAGGCAGCUUUGGGUUUCAAUGCUAUCCAGAUGUACGCCGGAAACUUGCUCGCACAACCUUGGAGGAAAGAGUACAGAACAUUGAAGACUUAUUGUGGAUUUUACAAACACCAAGUAGAAGCGAAUUUAUUAGGAGCCGAUAAACUAUUUAUAGAUAUGGGCUAUAGGUAUUUGGGAGAAGGCCUGUUAGUUCUAGAAGGCCCAAUUUGCCCGGACAGAGUAACAGCUGUUUCGAGGGAUUGUCUCAUAGCUUACGUUGAAUGCCAGAUUUUAAAAGCGAUAUGGGAAGAAGUAUACAAAACAUUCAAAAUAUCCUGGUUGGAAGUCCUCGAAUUUCGAACGAAAUACAUCUGUAGCCCCGAGGAAUGUAUCAUUGCGUUAAAAAGUCAACACCACCAUCGACAAUACCAGGAGCACACAAGAAGCUUGUCUCAAGGCUCCCCGAAUAACUACACCGUAUCCGUUCCAAUAGUCACGCCCGUCAUGCCUAUGAAUCAUUCAUUUCCUCCUUCCCAUCACCACCACCAUCAAGUGGGGCUACCGUUGCAACAGGAAUACGCCGUUGUGAACGGUUGCUGUUCAGGAAAUUACGGCAAUUACACGAUACCAUAUUCGCAACCUGUUCUAAGACCGCCGGAAUACUCGUACAUCCCAAUGGCGACGGUUCCUACGGCUAAAUUAAUCGAAAUAGAUUCGAAUCGAUCGCACGACACAGUAGAUCAUCCGAAACCUCCGGCGGAAAGAAGGCAAACCAAACGACCAACAGAAAACAACUACAAUAAUACCGUUAAAAACGGAUUAGAUGCGAACAAAGAUUCCCAGUUGAAAGACUGGGAGUACGUUUACAACAGCCUGGAGAGCCAGGGUUACACGAAAGACUUGGGCGAAAGGGGCGAUAUAUUGAGCCCCGAUUCGUCGAAACAAACCGACGAUUUCAAGACGAUCAAACAGACUAAUCUGGACGAAGCCGUUCGACAAACGUUCCACGACAGGCCUUUGAAAGUUAGCGAUACUCCGAAGAAACCCCAGAAAUCUCCCAACGACUGCAAAGCCGUUUCCAAAGAUAAAGCCGCGUCCGAAAAAACGUUGGAGAAAGAUAAAUCGGCGAGGAAGAAGUUGUUGAGCAAGCUCACGAACGAAGGGAAACCCGGCAAGUGGGAGUGCAAGGCGUGCACGUUCAUCAACGAUACCAGCAAGGAUAUUUGCGAGAUGUGCAGCAAAAGUAGGAUUAUCAAGGACGAGACUCCGAUCGAAAUCGGCGGGGCCGAAUGCAGCCAAUGUACUUUAGUUAAUUCGAAAAAUAACGAUAAGUGCGAAGCGUGCGGUUUGAGUUUGGUUGGCUCUCCGACUUAUAUAUAAAAUUUUAUUUUGUAAGCUUUUUCACUAGAUUCCGCAUCUUUGAGUAGACUGAUUGUUGUUAAUUUGUUGCUUAACUUAAGGGAAUUGUCGAGAAACGUGCACCGCACCGGUAAGGGUAAAGGUUUUUUUUUAUUAAAAUACCAAACGGAUAUUUUUCUUUUUCUGUGUGUAAGUAUUAUAAUUAAAUCGAAAGUUUUAUUGGAGAUUUUUUACUUUUUUCAAUACGCACAUCUGGCACUUCUACUCCAAGUUUGUACAUAAACACAAAAGUACUUGUAAUGACGAUUAAAACUGUGUGUUUUACAUUGUGUUUAUUGUUACAUGUGGUAUUUUUACAACCUUCUCUUCUCUAACAUGCUCCAACCGAUUGUAAAAGUGGAUAGGUAUUUAAAUUGUUUAAUUAAUAGGUUUAUAUGUAAUACCUAUUUUGGAUAAUCGAUUAGGUUCUUGUAAAAUUUGAGAGUUUUUCAACCCACCUUUUGCUUUUAUGGAUAACAUUUUAAUAUAUUUUAAAGGGUUUUCCGAGCCGACCCGUAACUUCUUAAACAUGUUUUGUUUGCGAAGUUGCGAAUCGAUUCGUUUACCACGAAUCGCCCUGUAUGUUGAACAUAUUGUGAUUUAUAUGUACAGGUAGGUAUGGAACAAACUGCGCUUCAUUAAACUUGUACUAAACGCCUUUGUAUCGUUGAUUAUUACCUACAACGUGGUUUUAAUUGUGCUAUAUCGAUAUACCUACCUAGGUAGUACUUUAAUAUAUUGUUUGUAAGUUUCAUAUUUUAUUUAUUUUGAAAAUAAAACGACUAAAUUCA